AUGUCUUCCCCGAAUGGUGGAAACGGCACGCCCGCCAUCCAAGAUCAGCAAAUGCAGGAUGUCCAGAAUGAUCAUACUAUCCACCGAUCCUCCUCUCCUGCAUUGAAGCGCCCUGCAGCGGAAAUGGGUGGCGAUGAACACAGAGAAAACCGAGACCACAUGGAUACAGAUUCUCCCGGCGGCAAUAACAGUACCGAAUCUUCGCUAGACACCUCAAAGCUGAAAAAGAAGGACGAUCGGCCAGAACUACAUACCCGGGCCGCUUCUGUCGACAUGAUCGGCCGGGGUGACGAGGCCACAAGCCAGCCUGAUGGCGGUCAAACCUCGUCGGAAGACCCUACUGGGUCCGGAUCCGAUAGCGUCUACCCAACACCGUCCAGUAUGUCGGCCUACACGUCGUCGACAUACGAGGAUCGAUCCCAGGCGAUUUCCAGUCAAUCGAGCCAUUCUUCCCACGAUAUCCCUAGCUUUGAACAACAGGUUGCAAUCGUCAUGCGAAUGAACAUGGCACCCCCAAAAGAUAAACAGCGAGGAUAUGUCGUGUCCGGAACCUUUCUAAAGAAAGUCCUUGCACGGAAAGAAGGAACUGACAAAAAUGCACUAGAGGGUGAAAUUGGCCCAGUCGACAAUUCUGACCUCGUUCUGGUCACCGAUCCCAGCAUGCUGUUUAAGGAUGAAGUCGGAGAACCAUUCAUUCCGCUCCGUCCAGGGCUACAAAUCGGAAACGAUUUCGAAAUUUUCCCUCAGGAAGCGUGGGAUUUGAUCAUGAAAUGGUAUGGCCUGGCGAAGAAUUCUCCUGUCAUCGUUCGAUACGCCCAUAAUACAAGCACUGCCGAAUAUGUCGAACAUGUUCAAUAUGAGCUGAAUCCGCCAAUAUUCACCGUAUUAAAACUACAAAGUUCGACUACUCCCUCUAAUCGGAAUUCACCGUCGAUCAAGGAGCCCCCCGUCAAAUUCCUGGCCAGCAGCCAUACUCCCUUUCAGCAAUGGCUAAAGAACGCUAAGAAGCUAGCGGCCAUCGAACCGACCACAAAGGUCCGUGUCUGGAGAAUCCUUGAAGGCCUAGGGUCAUCUGGCAAUGUGACACCCGCCACCUCCCGCAAUCCUUCCCCAGCUCCCGGUGCUUUUCUGAUUGGAAAUGCUGGAAAUAGUUUGGUUCUCGAUGUUACCAAGUUCGUUGCGUUGAAUGAAGGCUCUCAACGGGAGCUCCUCGAACUGAAAGACCAGACCGGAAACGAAAAGUACAACGGCAACAUCACGCUGCACAUUGCUGGCCUCGCCAUGGAUAGUGUAAUUGUGCUUGAAGAGCAAAUCGGUGGUCCUGGCGGUGGUGAGUGGGUUUCAGAUACCGCAAAAUAUGGGUCAAGCCGACUUGCUGCCUUGACCACAACUGCAAAGGGUGGGCCUCAAAACAAAAUCAAGACCGCUGCUGCUACAGCUAGUGGGCGUGCAUCUCCCGUUUCCACUGUUGCUAGCCGGGGACGGAAACGUAAAGAUGGCAAAACUCGUGGUGUGACCGGCCUCAGCAACCUCGGGAAUACCUGCUACAUGAAUUCGGCUCUGCAAUGCGUGCGAAGUGUCGAAGAGCUCACGCAAUAUUUCCUGUCAAAUGAGUAUAAAAAGGAUCUCAACCCGAGUAACCCACUAGCUCACAACGGUGAAGUGGCCAAAGCAUAUGCCAACCUCCUCCACCAGAUGUUUGACGAAAACGCAGCAGCUUCCAUUGCGCCCCGGAAUUUCAAACAUACGGUCUCGAAAUACGGCCCGUCGUUUUCUGGUUAUGGUCAACAUGAUUCCCAAGAAUUUGUCCUUUUUCUCCUUGAUGGUUUGCAGGAGGACCUAAAUAGGAUCCAUAAGAAACCGUAUAUCGAGAAGCCUGAUUCCACGGAUGACAUGGUCAGCGACAAAGCCGCUUUGGAAAGGUUCGCUGACCGGAACUGGGAAAUUUACAAGGCACGCAACGACUCAGUGAUUACUGAUUUAUUCGCCGGGAUGUACAAGUCCACACUUGUCUGUCCAGUUUGCGAUAAAGUAAGCAUCAUAUUCGAUCCGUUCAGUAACUUGACCCUCCAAUUACCGAUCGAAAAUAUAUGGAGCCGAAAGAUUCAAUAUCACCCUGCUCGUGGCGAGUCCAUUGAGUUGGAGGUGGACAUUGACAAGAAUGCUAGUGUCAUGGCCCUGAAGGAAUAUGUCGCGAAAAGGGUGAACACUGAUCCACGACGCCUUGUCAUGGCUGAGGUUUUCUCUAGAAAGAUCUACAAGUUGUUUACCAAUACUCCGGCCAUAAGUGAAUGUAAUAUUGGGACAUCGGACGUUAUUGCCAUGUAUGAACUGGAAACGGUUCCAACCAGUUACGACCCCGAUAAGGCGAAAAAACAAAACCACAGCAUGCUUUAUACGGCUUUCCGUGAUGAUGACGCAGAUGUCGCCUCUUUUGACUCGGAAAGGGCCGAUCGCAUACUAGUCCCUAUUUUCCACCGUGAGGUCAAGGCUUUCUCGACAAAAUCGCACCGCCAGCGGCCGCUAUUUGGUAUUCCCAGAUUUGCGGUUAUCACCCGCGAAGAAGCGAUGGAUUAUGAUGCAAUCUUGCGAAAGAUCUUAGCCCAAGUGGACAAUAUGACAACGCAAGAUAUCCUUCACGAAAGCGAAAAUGAUGUGACCAUGCGACACCAGUCUGCUGAAGACUCUGAUGCGGUUGUUACCAAUGACGACGAUGCCAAUUCUAAUGAUUCCAAAAUCAAAAUGGGUUCCGUGGAGGGAGAGGACGGUUUAGUUGACGUGUCUAUGCGCGAUGCCACUGAUACCUCGUCACAAGCAGACAGCACGAAAUCAUCCAAGACGUGCAUGCCAGGUGUCCUUCAACCUGGGAGCUUUAUCCCCCCUUCUCUUCGAAAUAUGUUUGAAGUCAAAUUCGUGAAGACCCAUGAUCCUGCAGGCAUAAUCUAUUCUACCAUUGAUGAUUCCAAGGAAUUUACUCCUAUGUUAGGUAGGGUACGGUCAAAGAAAGUAGCUAAACGCGGCGCCUCGCGGACGAAAAAUAUCCCGCCUCUUCGCUCAAACAAUAGCCCGAUGAGCAGUGAAGAUGAACUCGCUGGGCCGGCCAUCUCCGUGCAGGUCCCUGGGAGUAAGGUUCAUGACGUCGGUUAUUCGAGUUCUGAAGAGACAAAAGGCAACAGUGGUUCAGGGAGCGACUCGGAUCGGUUCCCUACCGUCCGCCCGAUCCGAAGGAAAGAAAAGGGCCGAAAGCAAAAGAAUCGCUGCUCCAAGCCCAAUCCUCCGGCCAAUCUUCCCUUAUAUUCGCCCCGGUGA